CUCAACACCCCUUUGUAUUCUAUGAUCCCCCUCAAUCCAGCCUCCCUUUUAUCUUGCUCCCAAUCCAACGCUCGUGAGAUGUGAUUUGAAUGCAUUGCAACCCACAAAGUUCUAUGCGCCACCUCUAAUUGCCCAUCAGCGACCGCAAUGUCUUACCGUCAAGAUCCUCGUCGGCGGGUCGCACCUGGCACCGGUUUCAGCUCCUCGGGGCGACGAACGGUCCUAGGAUACUACGCCCCUCUAGCUUUAACUGUCAGCGUGGCGGCAAUCGGCAUUGCGGCGUGGAUCUGGAGUGAACGCAGUGAAGAUGACGAUGAUGAACGCGACCAACCCGGAGACGACAAUCGCAUCCCCGCGUCCGGCCCCGAUGGGGGUGUCUACCCCCACGACACAUAUCCUGAUGGUUUCGCCAGGGCAGAAGAGGGUGAGGGCCUCCCCGGCGACCCUGGCGUGAUGGCCCGCUGGCAGGGAGCUUUGCGCCGCACCCCCAGUCCUCAGCAGAUCUUCGACGGCGCAAGCAAAAAGGUCGCCGCUGGCGUGGCUGCUGCGGGAGCGUUUGUCGGCGGUGCCCUGACCUCGAUCCGGGAGGAAGACCGAGGGGCCUUUGAGGACCAUUCUCGGUGGUCCGAAGAGGUGGAAUCUAGAAAUCAGCGCAGGGACCAGCCCCCUGCCCCGUCUAUGAGUGGAGCGCUCCCAAGUCGCGGAGUCGGUAGCGUCGAUAGAAAGAAGACGGUAGCGAUUGUGGUUUCGUCGGAGACUUUACCGGUUGACCCUGAAGAUUUAACGUCCGACCAUGUGUCCAUUCUUUCUCACCUCCCUGAACAUGUAACCCCCGAGACGGCUAAAAUCUUCGUCAUGAUCUACGCGCCCGGCCUCAAGCAUGCUCCCCACCAGGGGAAUGAUUCCCGCCCUACAUUGUCCAUCGCUUCGUCAUAUUCGAACAUUGCCCAUGAAGAAGCUGCCUCUGCCGACCUCGCCAGCGGCGAUUUGGCCUCUCCCGGUUCCCACCACGGCGAUGAGAGCGAGGAUACCUCCCCGCUUUUCAAGACCCUUUACACCCAAGCCCAGGCCAUCGUUGAGAAGGAGACCACCAUCAUGGCGUUCAGCACUCCCGGAGGCUACGUGCACCUGGUGCGCCACAUCUCGCCCGAAAUUGUGUAUGUCCAGGAGUCCUUGACCGGGAAAGAGGGGAGCGCCGCACAGCACAUCUCUGGUUGGGUCCGACAGGUUGUGGUCGUGGUCGGUGAUCGCGGUGGUCUAAUCGACAGCGAGGAUGAGUCGGCCCUGGCAGACAAAGGCGAGAACUGGUGGGAAAAGGAAGGCAUGACGGGUAUCGGCAAACGGAUUGAUGUUGUUGAUGUGCUCCGUGUGGGCGAUGAUUGGCGACGAAGGGUGGCUGGUUUUGACUAAAUGGCUGAAGUGAUGCCCACACGGUCUCUAAAUGAGACACUGUUGAUAUGCUGGGCUAUUACUUGGAUGUUUAUAUGACUUGUUGUUUUCUGUUUCUUAUUAUCUUUACCUGACGAUCGAUUUGAUUCCCCUUAAUGAAAUGUGUAUACUCGCGUG